UGGUCAGGUCUGGAAGUUCCGCUGAUCCCACCCUAUGCAGCCUGUAUGCUCGAGAGGGAGCUGUUGUACUGUUCUUCACAAACUGUACACCUGUGCAUUGCUGAAAUAACUCUGUUCAUCCCCUGUAAUAUGUCUGCAGUCAUCUCCUGUACCGUGUCCGCAGUCUCUGGUCAUCUCCUGUACCGUGUCCGCAGUCUCUGGUCAUCUCCUGUACUGUGUCCGCAGUCUCUGGUCAUCUCCUGUACCGUGUCCGCAGUCUCUGGUCAUCUCCUGUACCGUGUCCGCAGUCUCUGGUCAUCUCCUGUACCGUGUCCGCAGUCUCUGGUCAUCUCCUGUACCGUGUCCGCAGUCUCUGGUCAUCUCCUGUACCGUGUCCGCAGUCUCUGGUCAUCCCCUGUACCGUGUCCGCAGUCUCUGGUCAACCCCUGUACCGUGUCCGCAGUCUCUGGUCAUCCCCUGUACCGUGUCCGCAGU